GUAAAUUACUAGAUAUUUUAUUUUUGAAGUUUUGAGCCUUCUGACUUUUGUGAGCUAACGCUGAUUUAAACUUUUUUCCUUGGCUGUUUCUCCGCCACAUAAAUUUUCCAUCACAGAACCACAUUAGUUUACAUAGACGUGGCAGAGUACAUUAGUGAAAGCUUUUUGGCACAGUGGUGAGAACAAGAAAUUAUUAUGGAAUUAUCGAUGUGCUUAAGUUGGUUCAGUGCUUGCGUUAUCGCCGUAUCCAUACUCACUCCUUACUCAUCCGCGCUCGAAAAUGAUCGUGAAAAUCCCACCUCACAAGCAGAGGAAUUGUAUACAAUAGAAGGGAAAUUGGUAUAUGUUAAAUCCCAGGAUACGAAAUCCGUGGACAGUUUAAGAACCAAAAUUGCUGCAGAUGGAUCAGAAUAUUACGGCUUUCUGAGCGAGGAUCGAGAGUCCUUUAUUAUUUCCGGAGUGCCUCCGGGAUCAUAUCUGAUUGAAGUGUAUCAUCCCGAAUGUAUUUUCGAAAGCGCUCGAGUGGAUAUCUCGUCGAAAGGCAAAUUUCGGGCUCGUCGACCCGAUAUUCUUGACGGAAGUGCAGCGGCCCAGAAUCAACUACCUUAUCCCUUGAAGCUGAAAUUGCUGCGUCGAGCAUCUUAUUUUCAAGCGAAAGAGGCAUGGCGCCUGACGGAUAUGCUCAUGAAUCCGAUGGUGCUCAUGAUGAUAUUGCCUUUGGUGGUAUUGAUGGUGAUACCAAAAAUGUUGUCGACGGUGGAUCCAGAAGCAACCAAGGAGCUGCAGUCCAGCAUGGCUAUGGCCAGCCAACCUCCAGAUAUGUCUCAGUUGAUGGCAAAUUUCUUCGGCGGAGCUCCGGCGAAACCAGCACCAGCAACUCGAAAAACCGAGAAAAGGGAAAAAAGAAGAGAGUAGUAUGCAGCAUUUUCCUCUCCGCGUUGUACAGAGAUUGUAUUCUUCUUUAGCUAUUUGAUUUACAUCCGUGUCUCUGGAUUGUUUUCAAAAUUUUCUCCUGUUUACGAUUGACUGUUUGGCUGAGAGCUUAAGUUUUGUUUUUAAUAAUUUAUCCUAGUCAUAUUUUCUGCCAUAUUCUGCAUGUUUCAUGUUGGUGUAAUAAUUUGUAAAAAAUGCGAUACAGUACGCAUUAAAAGAACAGGCGAGUGA